AUGAACUCGAACGAUUCUAUUGACAUCAAGCGAAACACCUCGGACGCACCAAAUCCGCACUUUUCCCGACACCAGUUUCUACGUUGCUUUCGACCACUUCAUAUCCUUUCGAGCGCAUUUGCCCUGUGGCCCUCCGCUCUACCGUUGGACGGAUGGACGAAACCAAACGCUAACGGUGCGAGUGGUUCACUGCACACCCGAUGGAGCAUACUGUAUGUGGUCGUAAUCGUGACGGCGUACAGUGCCUUUCAUCUGUACAUUAACUAUACGGAUGCUUACGGCAUUACACCGAACGAAGCGAUACCCGUCAACGUGCAACAGGUCGAGUUCAACUUCGUCUCGAUAGUGAUCGACGUUUACAAUCGGUAUUCGGGAUUGAUUCUGUUCUGGUUGCUGCAUACCGUUGCACUGGCCAACCAGCGCUCAAUAGUGGCGAUCGUUGGUGGUGUGCUAACGAUUGACGAACAAAUUGCCCAACGGUUGUCAUUGGUACCCAACCACAUGCAAUGGUGCAGAUUUAUCUGCCUUCACGGUGCGUUCAUUUUUCUCGCGAUCGGCUUUUCCGAGUGGCGUAACUGCAUCAUGUACAUGAGCGAUUUCAUCCCGGCAUCCGAGUACUGUGCCUUCGAAUGCCUCAUCACGAUGCUGACCAGUUCGACGGUGGAAAUACAGUACGUGGCCUUUGUGCGGUUGAUUAAAAACCGUCUCCAGCUGAUCAACGAGCUGCUUGUCGAGCUGACCGCGUACAGCAGCACCAGCAGCAACAUCACCACCUCCAACGAACAGCAAACCCAUGACGAACGUUUUCGACUUGAGAAGCUCCCGAAAGGUGAACAAACCGUACCGUCCGUCGGCCACUGUUCGACGGAAUUUUUGGCCGAAAUCACUUCAUCGUACCCGCGGGCCCAUCCAUCGCAAUCCCUGUCCAGUUGGCAGGCCGGAAUCAACCGACCGUCCGCUAGGGCAAACGCUUCGAACGAACCAUCAAUCCCCCGGGGCGAUCGGCGAUGGCAUAAAAUCAAGCAGAAGCAUAAAAUAAUUACGGUCGACCAGGCGCCUCCAUCGCGUACGGGCAAGGUGAUGCACGCGACGCACGGUGACGGUACACUGCUGCCGGGCCAAUUUCCGCUGCUCGUGGCCAGCCUGCUGAAUGCACAAUCGAAAGCGUGCGAACACAUCGGAAUGAAAAUAAUUAAUGACGUAAAAAAUUUAUACACACAUUUGCAUUUAUUAUCGCUGAAUAUUAAUAAAGCGUACGGGGCGCAGUUGAUUUUCAUCCUGCUGACGCUGUUCGUAACGCUCACGACACUGCUCUACUACUGCACGAUGAAACUUUUUCGAAUGCUCUGGAUGGGUCAGUGGGCAGCAUCGAGCGAGCUGAUGGCAAACUUCUGGCCGGUCUUGAGCACGCUCUCGUGGGCCUGCAUAUCCACAUUUCGCAUCCUGCGCAUCUGCAACGUGUGUAAUUCGGCAAAAAACGAGGCACAAAAAAUCGGCAGCCUCAUACACGGACUCAGCUGGAAAACAAAUUGUCCCGACACGCAAUCGAUGGUGCGUAUACUUUCUCUGCAGUUGCAGCAGCAGCGAUUAGAGUUUACUGCCGGCGGCCUAUUCACCAUCGAUCAUGGGCUAAUGUUUAAUAUCGUCGGUUCGCUCGCUACGUACCUACUGAUAUUGAUACAAUUCGAUAUCGCCCAGAACGGGGCCAAGUGGAAGGCGGUGGCUGACCAACAGCCGACCGCUAACGGUACCACCGGGCUGAGAGAGCUAGAGUAG